UGUCUUCCCGCUACAACCCGAGAGGAAAAAAAGAAAGGGGAACCCAGCCAUGCUUUGAGAAACCGGUGAGAAAGCUCGGAGAUUUCUCCUUUCUUCUUGCUCUAGAACACACCUAGAACCCAGAAAUCCUUCUUCCCCUGCUGGAAAAUCCAGAUCUGCUCUGUUCUUCCUUCCUCACCGUCGGCUGCUCCUGCUUUGUGAGGGCUAAUUUCUCUGAUUUUGGCUUGCCGCCGGCCUUCUUUCCCCUGCCAUGUCCGGUUUCUGCAGCUGUAAAUUAUGGUUCUUGAUCGUUCUGUCAGUUAAUACUGAAAUUGAGUGCUCGGUUUUAUGCAAGUGAGGAAAUGAAACCGAGAACGGGGAAACCACGGGAAGUGACGAGUUAGAAGGCUAGCCAUAUUGUAAUUAGAUAUAAAUUUUAGAUAUGAAUCAUGAUCUUGUAUUUGGAGAUUUUAUGAUAUCAGAGAGAAUUUUAUAAUUUGAUCUUUAGAUUUUGGUGGUAUCAGAGUGUGAUAUGUUAAGUUCCGAGCCUUGUGCAUUUGUGGGACCCGUCUCACGAGUGCACGGCGUCUGCCACGUCCCCGGAUUUGGGUUCUGGGGCGUGACAUAAAGUAAAGAUGAAGACUAUCCAUAGCCUUGUUAUAACUAUAGGUCAAGACCAACAAGCUUCGUUGAGCCCUCCUUUUGCUAGAGAAGAUAAAAUGAUGAUGAAGAUGAAAUGAGCACACAUAUGUUGAUGUACUCAUAAUGGACCCAAUAUGUUGAAGAAGACUUCCUAUCCAAGAUAGAGUAUUCCAACAAAGAUAGACUUCCAGUCCAAGAUGGAGUAUUCCAACAAAGAUGGAUCUUUUGAUCAAGAUAGAGUAUUCCAGCAAAGAUGAAUCUUCUGAUUGAGAUAGAGUAUUCCAGCAAAGAUGGACCUUUUGUCCAAGAUAGAGUAUUCCAACAAAGAUGGACCUUCUGUCCAAGUAAUGUAGUAAAUAAGUCAUAAUUGAUGAAAUCUAUCCAUGUGAGCCUUCUAGGCCUUGAUAAUGUUCUUCUUCAUGAUAGACUAUUGAAGAUGUAUCAAUAUGUAAUUGUGUGUGCAUGAUCGAUAGCCAUGUUGAAUAUCGCUGAGUUCGCCAGAGAGCUUUGUUGACCUCCCUCAUGCAUAAAAAGAGAAGAUGUGAGUAUUCAUUGUUGUGCCUCUUUGUCCAUUUGUCAUGGGAAGCAGUUGUAUAGCAUUGUUGUGUAUGUUUGGCAUUGCACCAAAAUAAAGAAUGAGUAAUAUG